UGAAUGUUUAAAAUUAGAGGUCAUUCACAUCUAUUAGUUAAUUAUCAACACUUUGCUAUUCACUUGAAGAAUAUUUAGUGAAUUCAUAAUUCAUUUAUUACAUUGAAAUGUUCUAUUGGUUGAUACAAAUGUCCUAAAUAUGAGAAAAUAUUGUCUAUUUUGUUAAAUAACGACAAAAGUAUAAAAACUAUUCAUUAUUUAAAUAAUGAGUGAUUUGUUUGAAGCGAUUGAAGCGGCGGUACAUCCGACCAAACAUUUGCAACUUAGGGCCACAAUGUCUGCACCCCUGGCCCUCAGCACACAGUCCAAUACUUUCAAAGUGAUACACAAAGAGACCAUCGCUUCCGAUGGCCACUCACCCGGUCUUUACCGACGUAUCAGCGCUACUAAAGACCUGUUGCGCGAACACAGCCAACAACUUGUGGUCAGCACAGGGGGAGGGGGACACAGGGCUGGCAGGGAUGGCAGGGAUGGCAGGGAUGGCAGCACUAGUCGUGGUAGGAGUGGUGGCGCCGGUUGUGGUUAUGGGUCGCGAGAGGGCGCCAGCCGUGGAUCGUGUGCUCAAGUGUUGGCCGCAAAGAUGGCUGAAGUGGGACCCAGUCUUAUGUCGGCGGCCAAUACGGCCAAUAACUUGAAUAACGGGAACAACUGGUCCAACAAUGUGGACGACUAUGAGGUCGGACAAGUGAUCGGUGUUGGCGCGACGGCUGCCGUGCAUACGGCCUAUUGUAAGCCGCGUCGGGAGAGAUGUGCCAUCAAGAAGAUCAAUCUGGAGAAGUGGAACACCUCUAUGGAUGAGUUACUCAAAGAGAUUCAGGCGAUGAGUGCCUGCAAUCACGACAAUGUGGUCACGUAUUACACGUCGUUUGUGGUUAAGGAGGAACUAUGGCUUGUCAUACGACUUCUCGGCGGUGGCUCUCUGUUAGAUAUAAUCAAACACCGGAUGAAGUGUGAAGACUGUCGCCACGGGGUGUUCGACGAGGCGACCAUCGCUACGGUGUUGAAGGAAGUGCUCAAAGGCUUGGAGUACUUCCACGCAAACGGACAAAUACAUCGAGACAUCAAAGCCGGCAAUAUUUUACUCGGAGACGACGGAUCCGUUCAAAUCGCCGACUUCGGUGUGAGCUCGUGGUUGGCGACGGGCGGCGAUCUGUCCCGACAGAAGUCACGGCACACUUUUGUGGGCACUCCGUGUUGGAUGGCUCCAGAGGUGAUGGAACAGGUGACUGGUUAUGACUUCAAAGCCGAUAUAUGGAGUUUUGGCAUAACUGCCAUUGAAUUAGUGACCGGAACCGCUCCCUAUCAUAAAUACCCGCCAAUGAAGGUGCUGAUGUUGACCCUCCAGAACGAGCCGCCAUCGCUGGAAUCGGUGUCGGAUGAAAGAGAUCAAUAUAAAAAUUAUGGCAAAUCCAUACGCAAACUGAUUAGCGAUUGUUUACAAAAAGAUCCGUCAAAGAGGCCGUCGUCUACAGAUAUUGAAGAGAGGGCUAAAAAAGCUAAGACCAGCCGAAGAGGACAGGGAGCCAGUGGUCGACUCCAUCGCACAGAAGCUGGCGAUUGGGUUUGGUCUUCAGAUGAAGACGACAGCCUUGAAAAGGAGACACCAGUGGCUGAAUGUGACGUGUCUUGCAAUGAGCGUAUUGUUGUUGUGCAACCAAACCAUGUUUGUGACCAUCAGGUGGACCACAUCGACCACAUUGAUGACAUGGUGACCAACAGUGAGCCCAUUGGCCACACUGUCACCGCUGUGACCGCUCACUGUGCCGUCAAUAGUGAACUCGUCUCGAAUCCAAUUAAUUUAGUCCUAAGAAUACGAAAUGCAAAGAAAGAACUCAAUGAUAUUAGGUUUGAGUUCACUGUAGAUAAAGUCGCCGCUAACCUCGAGAAACUCAUAUUAGAUCCGUCGGCCAAUAAAUCGAAUCCGUCAGAAUCUUCUGAAUUAUCGGACGAGAAAACACUGACCGGUUUCGCACAGUUAUCAGUCGCCGAUUAAUUAUAAUUAAUAAAUAAACCGAAUUUAUAAAAAUUUUAUUAAUAAAAUGUUUUGUGGAAACAAAACCAUUAUAUUUUGGGAGCGCU